CUCUUCCUUUCCGCCUCUAAUUCUCGUCACUAUACAUCAAGAGGCGUACUCUAACUGUGCUUCUACAUCCUCCUUCAUCCUACCCCUUACAUCAUACAUCACACACAAUCAUGGCACCACGAAGGAGAGCAGCUGCCCAAGCGGCGGCACCAUCGCCUCCACCUCCACCAGCACAGCCCUUGGAUGGUUGUGUUAUUGCCAUUAGUGGAAAGGCUGAGAUGGCAGAUGAUAUUAAAGCCUCGCUGGACAAGAAGAUUCUUGAAUUGGGUGGCGUCAUAGUUAUGAGCGUCACCAAAAACUGCACCCAUGUCAUCGCUCACAGAAGCCACUACGAAAAGACAAAAUCGCUUUGCAGAGCGGCCAAGUCAAAGGGUGUCCCCAUGGUUUCCGUGGACUGGAUCGAGGAAGCUGAGACAAAUCCAGUUUCGGUGAAGGUCGAUGAUUUCUUCUGGGAGAAUAUUAUGCAAGCAGAAGACGACGCUCUUCUUGCACAGCAAAUGGGUCAAGCUCCCGCCACUAAGAAGCGACCAAUUGCAGUGGCCAACCCCAAUGGUUCAGCCAACGGCAACGAUGACACUGAAAAGAAGCCAAAGGCGAAAAAGGCCAAGACCACGUCGAAAAAGGCUAAAGUUGAAGAGGAAGAAGAUGAGAAAAAGCCAGACGUUGACGAAGCUGGUGAAUCUGAGCAAGUCGCUGAUGGCCAAUUUUUGAAGAAAAAGGACGCUGUGAUUCCCUUGGACGCAUACUGCACCCUCUACGGAUAUCAAGUAUACAUUGAUGGCGAUGGACUUAUUUUCGAUGCUUCAUUGAACCAGACAAAUGCUAGCCACAACAAUAAUAAGUUCUAUAUUGUUCAGUUGCUCAUGCACCCUGGCCUAAAGCAGUACAAAACGUGGACUCGCUGGGGAAGAGUUGGCGAGCCCGGUGCCAACGCGGUGCUUGGAGAUGGCGACCUGGCCAGCGCCAUGAAACAGUUCGAGAAGAAAUUCAAGGAUAAGUCUGGCUUAUCCUGGCAGAACCGCAACGAGCCAGCAAAACCUGGGAAAUACUCCUUUGUAGAAAAGAGUUAUGACCAAGACUCUGAUGAUGAAGACGAGGAGGCAAAUGGCGACACCAAAGAUGUCAAAAAAGAGGAGGAAGAUGAGUACAAGCCGCCCAUUUGCACAUUGGCGCCACCGGUGCAAGGUCUGAUGGAGAUGAUUUUCAAUCAGCAAUUCUUCCAGGCCACCAUGGCCAAUUUGAAUUAUGACGCGAAGAAGCUUCCGCUGGGAAAACUCAGCAAAUCAACCAUUCUCAAGGCCUUUGAGAAGCUUAAAGAUCUCGCGGCGCUGUUGAACGACCCCAGCCUUGCGGCUUCGAGAUGGAACGAAACAACACCUGUUGCCAUCGAACACCUUUCCAACUCUUACUACUCACUGAUUCCCCACGACUUUGGUCGUCAUCGCCCCCUCAUCAUCAACGAUGAUAACCUCCUAAAAAAGGAACUCGAGCUUCUCGAGAGUUUGUCGGACAUGAAGGUAGCCACCGAGCUUAUGAAGGUUGAGAAGAAGGUUCAUGAUCCCAUCCAUCCUCUCGACCAGCGCUUCCAAGGCCUUGGUCUUGACGAAAUGACCGCCCUUGACCACAAGAGUGCCGAGUUCGAGCUACUCGAAAGCUACCUCAACAACACCCGCGGAUCUACCCAUAACCGCUCCUACAAAGUCAUUGAGAUCUUCCGCAUCGAAAGAGGCGGCGAACGCAGCCGAUUCGGCAACUCGCAAUACUCCAAAAUCCCAUCUGAUCGACGUCUACUCUGGCACGGCUCGCGCUGCACCAACUUUGGUGGUAUCCUCAGCCAGGGCCUGCGUAUUGCGCCCCCAGAGGCUCCUGUAUCAGGCUACAUGUUCGGCAAGGGUAUCUACCUGGCGGAUAUGUCGUCCAAGUCGGCCAACUACUGCGCGUCGUACCUGUCCAAUAACGAGGGCCUGUUGCUUCUGUGCGAGGCCGAGCUUGGAAACCCCAUGCAGGAGCUGUAUAACAGCGAUUACGACGCUGGCGAUAACGCCAAGAAGAAGGGCAUGCAUACUACUAAGGGCUUGGGCCGUGCCGCGCCGCAAGUGUGGAUGGAUGCUGGCGCGGUCAACAGCGAUCUCAAGGGAGUCCAGAUGCCCGAUCCUGCUCAUAAACCAACAGCUGAUGAUUACAAGCCGGGAGACAAGUACUGUUUGCAGUACAACGAAUACAUCUGUUAUGAUGUGGACCAAGUACAGCUCAAGUACCUGUUCCGCGUCAAAAUGUAGUGACCCAAUACUCUUGAAUACGUCUUGCUUAUUAGUAGCCACUGUAAUCUAUAUCGCUAUAACAACUUCGGAAGUGACGAUAGCUAUGAAUAAUGAAUUUUCCUCG